GGGUGUGCAAAAGCCACCGUUACACUUGCUGAAGCACGUGAGACCCCUGCCUUGGCAGAUUUACUUUUUAACUCCAGACAGAGAUAUCACAGGUAACCUACCAUGAAGCUAGUCACUGUAUUCCUGCUGGUGACUGUUGGCAUUUGCAGUUACUCUGCUACCGCCUUCCUCUUCGACAAGAAUGACUUACCUUCACCUCAGGAUGCUCUCACCCUUCUGGAUCCAUUAAAGCUUCUACUGGAAAAUAUGGGCAUUUCUGUUGAGCACCUCAUAGAAGGGCUAAGGAAGUCUGUGAAUGAGCUGGGCCCAGAGGCCUCUGAGGCUGUGAAGAAACUGCUGGUAACUACAGCUUGUGGGGUAGUUUGUCACAGGCAGGGCUCAGCUACCCUGAAUGCUUAUGCAGCUCCCACCUCACCCAGUUCUCACUUGUGAAUGUGUAUUUCCCCCUUACUGAUGGCUCAUAUAAAGUUUCAUGUUCAGUAAUCUUGAGAAAAGUGCAGUAUCUACAUUUUCAGUAGG